AUAAAUAGCAACUUAACUUGCUAAUUAUGUCAUAGAAUUUUGAGGACAAAAGAGUUUAGAUAGAUUGUUUCCUUUCUUAUAUAUUGGUUUUAAUAUUAACAAUAUUUAUAAAAAAAAUGGGAAGGUGGGGAAUUAUUGAAGAAGAAUGGAGAAAAGGUCCUUGGACAGUUGAAGAAGACAAAUUGCUCAUUGAAUAUGUCAAUUUGCAUGGUGAAGGCAGAUGGAAUUCUGUUGCUAGGCCUGCAGGAUUGAAAAGAAAUGGAAAAAGUUGUAGAUUGAGAUGGGUGAAUUACUUGAGGCCAGACCUUAAGAGGGGGCAAAUUACUCCAUAUGAAGAGAGGAUCAUUCUUGAACUUCAUGCUAUAUGGGGGAAUAGAUGGUCAACAAUUGCUAGAAGCUUGCCAGGGAGAACUGACAACGAAAUUAAAAACUAUUGGAGGACUAAUUUCAAAAAGAAGUUCAAGAAAUCAAGUACUGAAAAUUCUGAAAAAACAAAAGUCCAUUUUUUAAAAAGACAACAGUUUCAACAACAACAACUACUGAAUAGUCAAAUCGACAUGAAAAAGGUCAAAUCACUUUUUGAGGAAAAUGAGAAUAAAGUUCCAAGUCAUGUACCAAAGCAAGAAGACAUGACCAUUUUGUACCAAAACAACACAUUUCAUGAACAAGAGCAAGGUGGUUUCUUCUAUUCUAUGAUUAAUGGAUAUGCUAAUUAUGUGCCAGUGCCUGAGGCCUCAUCUAAUGAAGACAUCAUGUGGGAUAUUGGCUUGUGGAAUUUGGAUGAUUUUAAUGUCAAUCUUUAAUCAGAGUUUUGAACUAGAUCAGUCUUAUGAAAUGACCAAAGUCUUGAUGGACAGAUCUUCCAUUCCCUUUAGUCGGCUCUAUAAAAUGUGAAUUUGAAUUUAUCGAACUAGUAAAUUUCCAAUAAAUCAAAAGACAAAAAAAAGUUUCCACUUCUAGUAAGUUGGGAACCAAAGAAAGUUCCGAUCAAGAGCUUGCCAUUCUGAAUUUUGUAAAUUUUGUGAUGUAACUGUUAACAAGUCAAUAUCUUAUUACUGUUAAU